GCCGCCUUGGGUUCUGGAAGCGGAGGCGCUCGCCGCUGACUAUAAGUGGCGGGCUGACCUUCGUGCCCGGGGCGUGGCGCGUCCCAGCCCCAGUGUGGUCAGAACGCGGAGGGCCCAAUCUCGGCGGUCCGUGCUAGAGUCAUGGUCCAGACGGCUGGCUGAUUCUUCGGCUGGUCGUAGGACCGUCGAGGCGAUUCGCCCGGUCCUUGUGGAUUGGGUGAAUCGUGACAGAGGACGCCUCACUUUCCGGCUCACGCAGGUGCUCACUGGGCAUGGUUGUUUCGGUGAGUUCCUGCACCGGAUCAUGCACCGGAUCACAGCCGAGCCGACGGCAGAGUGCUACCAUUGUGGUUGCGACUGGGACACGGCGGAGCACACGCUCGUCACCUGCCCCGCAUGGAGGGGUGGCGCCGUGUCCUCGUCGCAAAAAUAGGAACCGACUUGUCGUUGCAGUGUUGUGGCAUCGAUGUUCGGCGGCGACGAGUCGUGGAAGGCGAUGCUCGACUUCUGCGAGUGCACCAUCUCGCAGAAGGAGGCGGCGGGGCGCGUGAGAGACGCACAAUCCCGCCGCCGUCGAGCGGGGGCCAGGGAGGCGGAUCUCGCCCAAGCCCUGGCCCUCUAAGUUUUUCGGAUCCCCCCCCUCACAUGUCGGUCUGGGGACCGGCGAGGGGGGCCUAAGAAGACGACGUGCAAGCUGCUGUGCACGCGUUUUACGCAAGAGCAUCCGGGUGAUGGAAGGCCGGCUAUCCUCGACCCACGCUGGUUCUGGCCCAGCGGGGUUCAGUAGGGUAACCCACUCUAACCGGCGCCAUCUAGGCGGGCUUCGGACAGUUUGCCGACCGAGAGGGCUAGUGGUCGUGGCGCCGACGACCGCCAGUCCGGCGUCCCUAGGGGGAGGGUGAUGGGAGAGAUGUGCUCCGCACUAAACGCUUCACUUGCCCCCCUUUACCUUUUCAUGAGUUCUGUCUCAUGCGAGAUUUGGACGUUGGUUGUUGAGCGACAGGAGGUUUUAGUCGGUUCGACUUCGACAUGCCCCGCCCUCCAUCCCCAGUGGAGGGCGGAAGUCCGGCGAUUUACUCCUGACCAAAAAAAAAAAGAAUUAGUAAACGAAUUAGUUGACGAAUUAAUUGACGAUUUAGUAAACGAAUUAGAAGAUGAAUUAGUAAACGAACUAGAAGUGGUUUUGCACGCUUGUGCAUAUGACCUAAUGAUUUUUGCGAUUUAGUAAAGUUACGUAAUUUUGCACCUGUUUGGUUUGCAGAUAAUCGCCGGCACACUUGCGAUACUUGACACGUUAGUUUAAAUUACUGUCGGUUUUCUCGACUUCGCAACACUUAAAAGGUGAAGAUUCCGAGCCAGGUGUAAUAUUAUUAAGCGGGCGAUAUUUAUUAUAAGAAUUCUUACGUAAGUUGUUAUUGUAUUCGCGUUUCCUAUAAUAUGUGAUGACCUGGAUUUUUACAGUAACUGCAAAUUAUUUGAGGUGAACCUUUUUGUUUCGGUUCUAUUUUUGUUGAACUAAAUGAACUAACUUGCGAUGAUAAUUUAGGCUGAUGAUGAUUUAAAUGAGACUUAGCAACGAAGUUCUGGAUUUUUCCCUCCUCAAUGGCGAUAUUAAUUGCUUUGUUAAGGUUUUUGGAGUUACGACAUCGCACCAUGUUACCAAUACGAGGAGUCAGUCCGAACAUAAAAGAGGGUAUCGCCAGGUCCUCUGUCAUGGCAAUACGACCUGGUAAGUCUUUUUUUGAUGUGUUAGAAAAGGGUUUCCCGACUUCCAUUAUAUGAAUUAAUGAAAUUACAAAGUACUUGAAUAGGGUAUUGUUAGCUCAAGACUAUUUCACUUUUAGUAGACAUUAUGAUAUUACGAGUAUUAGUAUUGACUUUUGACAGUAACAAAACAGACACUAGCACAAAGAAGAUCAACUAUAAAAUGUAGUAUUUAUUCGAGACGAAUAAUUCACUUACCGCAAGAAUAUGAGAGCUAUUAACUUCAUCGGAGAGCGCACUUAUAAGGACGGGACUAAGGUAUUCAAACGACUGAUAACUUCUAAGUAUGAUUUAUUACUGCUCUCCUAAUUAAACGAUACAUGUUUAUAUAAGUGCUUACUUACUACGUCACAUGCACUACUAAAAUAAAAAUAAAAAGAAACCAUUAAAGGUUCUUUUUUAUAUUAAGAGGUCUUUUUUUUAACUUUGGAAUAAACAUUGAAUAGAUAAAACAGAUUAUACGAACGAUACAAUGUUCUAUUCUAAAAAUAGAAUAGUACGGAUGCAUUUCUUAUCUCUAAUCAUCGUAUAUGCUCUGGUUCAUAUUACCAGAUACAAUCAGUAACCAAAGUGUUUUCCUAAACAUUAUUUUAUUAUGUAUAAUAUCGUAUAUGCUCUGGUUCAUGUUACCAGAUACAAUCAGUAACCAAAGUGUUUUCCUAAACAUUAUUUUAUUAUGUAUAAUAUGGUCUACUUCUAUUUUUAUGAACUAUUUUCUCCUUACCAUCUACUAAUAUGAUAACAUUAGGCGAUAUAUCCUUAACAACUGUAAAUUGACCCAAAUAUAGUGGAUCAAGUUUGUUACAAUUUUCGUUUUUUACUAAAAUUAAAUCCCCGGAUUUAUAUGUAAUCGGGUUUACAUAGCUGUCAUACCUGCCUUUCCUUGUACUUUACUGUCAUAUAAAUUACAUUUCGCUUCUUGUUGUGACUUUUGUAUACGAUAUUUUAAUUCUAUUGGAUAACUAUCAAAAUUAUACACUGGAUCAAUAUGUUAGUUAGUGAGGUUACUCGGUAAAUUGCAUGACUUUCCGAAUACAAGUUCGUAAGACGUAAAAUUCGCUUGUUCGUAAAAUAACAAGUUAGAAAACGUGGAGCAAAUUACACUCAAGAGGAAAAAACAUUGCUGCUGGAUCUCAUCAUGCAGUAAGUACCUACCUAUGGUUUACACUUAGCUUGUUGUGCUGGUAAAUAAAUAAUCUGUCUAGAAGAUGAUAAAUUUUCGGAGAUACAAGUAGGUAUUUAAAUCUAGCCAGUUAUAAUAAACUGUAGGGCAAACAUGGUGAAGUCCCUUGACUGUAACAUCAAAUUAAGAUUUUACCAAAAUUACAACAUGGCAAUUCUGUAAUUUUAAACAUUAUAUAUUGUAAAGUUUAGCUGUAUAACUUGUUAUUUUUGCAGAUGUAAAGAUAUUUUGGAAAGUAAACGAACAGGUGGCAUUAUUAUCCAAAAGAAAAAGGAGGUUUGGAGAACUAUAACCUCAAAAUAUAAUAGCAGCUGCAGUAGUGGUCCCAGGGAUGUUGACCAGCUGAAAGCUUUAUAUGACAAUAUGAAGCAAAAAUCUCGCAAAGAAAUUGGAGAAAAAAAUGUAAAUUUAAUUCUUAAUUCCGUAGGGCACAGUAUAAGAUCAUAGCUAUAUUUUAAUUAAAGUAGCAUAUAUUCAGGCAAUGGAAAUGGAAGUUGUGACUGAGGCAGACGUUACACGAGCUUUAAUAAACAUUAAAGAAGACAAGAUCGAAAUGAAAAAGACUGGUGGUGGCUUCUGGAAACCAAAAUCUACGGAAACAGAUGCAAAAGUUCUUUCAAUAAUAAAAGAACAGACGGAACCACUUCACAAUCCAUAUGAUAGUGCAGCAGAUUUUUUUAAUGAUGUAGUUGAAAUAACUUGUACUGACGAAGGCAACAAGUUAAUUGACAACGAUUUAAUAAAUUCAUCUCCGUACACACCUUGUGUAGCACUAAAAGAAAUAAGUAUGACUACAGAUCUCGAAGAAGUAACCCCCAAAAGAGUAGCAUCGGAAAGUGAGGGAAAAGUUCUAAAGAAAAGAGAAUUUUCAAUGGAAUCUGGCAGUAUAAAGAAAAUAAAUGAACCAGCACAUAUCAAAAUGCUACAAAAAAAGAAAGGUUGGUACACAGCCAAGCUUUAUCUUGUUAUACAUUUGUUAAGUUACAUAUUGUUGAAAAAAUUAUACUGGCAUUUUUGUUUCAGUGACUCCAAGAAAAUUAAUAAAAAAAUCAUCUGCAGAGCAGUUAAAGAACACAUAUUUAAAAAAAAAAAAAGUCAGAAUGCUGAUUUGGAAAGAAAAAAGCUGAUGGUUGAGAUAUUAAACUUCAAAAAAGAGCAUGAACUUCGGAUGCAGAUUCUAAAAGCAAAACAGUGGAGACUAGAAAAACAUUAGUCUCCACUGAUUUGCUUUUUUUAAAUCUUCAUGUUCAUAUGAAUUCAUUUUUAACAUUUUUCAUACUAUUGUUAGCCACAGGAAUAAAAACAUAUUUCGCA